AUGGCCAUAGAAAGGGAGCAUAGCGUACCAUCCGAAGCGAUUCUUGAGAAUGUGUGGGCUAAUUUCAUUGCUGAGAAGGGAACUGAUAAUGCACAAAAGGAGACAGUUGGAUCAUGUGAUCCAUGGCGAGAUUUACCUAAUCUUGAUGGAUCAAUGGAGAACUUGUUAGAGAGGCUGCCAAGUUUAGGCAGGUGGAUGUCAAUGGGAGCCGAGGCAUGGGAGGAGCUUCUUGAUGAAACGAUUCUCUCAAAAAGUACGGAGAAUUCUUCAAAUAAUGUUGGUUCAGACAGAAAUAGUACUAAUCAUUCGAAUCAAGUACAAUCUAAUACUACGAAAGUCGAGAAGAAGGUGAUUGCCAGGCACUACAGAGGGGUGAGGAGGCGACCAUGGGGAAAGUACGCGGCAGAAAUAAGAGAUUCAUCAAGAAAGGGAGCUAGAGUUUGGCUUGGAACUUUUGAAACAGCUGAAGAAGCAGCAAUGGCUUAUGAUAAGGCUGCUUUAAGAAUUAGAGGCCCCAAGGCAUACCAAAAUUUUCCACUUGAAAUAGUGGGUAUGGCUUCUUGUGAUCAAACAAUAGAUUCCACUGAUACUUUUCUGGCUAAGGAUUCCUAUGAUCAAAACAAUAUGAAUUUUUCAUCAUCUUCCUGGCCAAUAGAUUCAACGGAUACUUUUCCGGGGUGUUCUGAUACACAGAAAAGGAAGUGGGGGACGGAAUUGGAUUCGUUUAACUGUGAACAACCAGCACAAAAGAGAAUGAUAAGCAGUUGGGAAAAUGAGAUGUUUAUGAGUAAUAUUGAUGUGUUAGAGUUUCAAGACCUUGGAAAUGAGUAUUUGGAGAGUUUACUGUCCAGUUUAUGA